ACUGGUCACUACUCGGCUGCCUUCUGCCCAGCUUUCUCCUCGUGCUGCCUCAGCCAGACCAGCUUCUCCAACACUCUGAACCCCAGAGGUUCCCUGGGCACAGGCCAUUUGGACCCAUCUGUGCCCAGAAACAGGAAGCCUCAGGGUGACAGGGGCCUAGGAGGUAGCCCAGGAGUCAACACCUGCUUCAUCUCCAUCAACUUCUCUUCACCUGGAGCACCCAUUGAACUUCAUCAUCAGAAGGUUCUACUGCACUUCAGCAUGGAAUUGGUGUUCUUUGAGGAUGUGGCUGUGUAUCUCACACGGGAGGAGUGGGGACUUCUGGACCCUGCACAGAAGCAACUCUACAAGGAUGUGAUGCUGGAGAAUUAUUGGAUCCUUAUCUCCCUCGGAUUUCCUAUUUCCAAACCUGAGGUCAUUUGCCAGCUGGAGCAAGGGAAAGAAGCAUGGGUCUUGGAUAUACAGGUGCCUAAGGAAAGCAUGCUCUCUAGAAAUACCUACAGAGGUUGGAAGUUCAGAUCUGAGAACAAGAAUUUGACUCUAAGGGCAGAAAUCCUGAAGAAGGUUAAAUUAUGUGAAAACACACCAGAAAGAUUUCAAAGACAUGUAUUCCAAGUACCAGAGUUUGGUGCAAUCUUUGAACAGAAAAGCAGUUUAGCUAGACAGAUGAAAUACUUCAGAGGGGAGAGUCACCUUGAAUACAUUUUACAGCAGAGAGAUUCUGAGCCAGUGGAAGUUUUCCAUAAGAAAACAACCAAAGAAAAGAGAAGCCAAGAAUAUAAUGAAUUUGUUAAAACUUGUGAUUGGAGUUCAAAGUUUAUUACAUAUCAGAGAGUUUCCACAAAAGAAAGAGGAUAUGAAUGCAUUAUUUGUGGCCAAAAUUUUCCCCAGCUUUUAGCUCUUACUGAGCAUCAGCGAAAUCAUCGUGAAGAGAACCAUUAUGAAUGUCAAGAUUGUGGCAGUAUCUUCAAUCGGAAGUCAGAAUUCAUAAGACAUCAAAGAAUCCAUAUAUUGGAGAAACCUUUUGAAUAUAAUGACUGUGGAAAACUUUUUGGUCAUAGUUUACAUCUUACUGAACUUCAGAGCAUUUGUACAGAGGAAGAAGCUUAUAAAUGUAACAAGUGUGAGAAAGCUUUUGGUCUGAACUCAAAGCUUAUUCUAGAUGGAGAAAAACCUUUCUAUGAAUGUAAUGACUGUGGGAAAACUUUCACGUAUUUUUCAGGUUUUAUUAAGCAUCAGAAAAUUCAUGCUGGAGAUGACACCUAUAAGUGCAAUGAAUGUGGAAGAGUCUUAAGCAAUAAGUUACAUCUUAUUGAGCAUAGCAGAAUUCAUACUGAUAAGAAACCUUUUCAAUGUAAUGUAUGUGGGAAAGGCCUAAGGAGCAGGUUAAGCCUCAUUCAGCAUCUGAGAAUUCAUACUGGUGAGAAACCCUUUCAGUGUAAUGAAUGUGGGAGAAUCUUGAAUAGUAAGUUAAGCCUUGUCCAGCAUUGUAGAAUUCAUACUGGUGAAACUUUUAAAUGUGAUGAAUGUGGGAAAGCCUUCACUCAGUUAAUAGGUUUUAUUAACCAUCAAAGAAAUCAUACUGGUGAGAAACCUUAUCAAUGUAAGGAAUGUAAAAAAGCCUUCACUCGAUAUUCAGUCCUAAUUCGACAUCAGAGAGCUCAUACUGGAGAGAAACCAUUUAAAUGUAAUGAGUGUGGAAAGGCUUUCAAUAGACAGUCAGUUCUUAAUGUACAUAAGAGAGUCCAUACUGGAGAAAAGCCAUAUGAAUGUAACGAAUGUGGAAAAACCUUUUGUCGGAGCUCCACACUUAGCCAACACCAGAGAAUUCACACGGGAGAGAAACCCUUUAAAUGUAACGAAUGUGGAAAAUGCUUUGGUCGUAGCUCACAUCUUACUGAACAUCAGAGAAUUCAUACAGGAGAGAAACCCUAUAAAUGUAACAAGUGUGGGAAAGCUUUUGGUCUGAACUCAAAGCUUAUUCGACAUGAGAGGGUUCAUACUGGAGAGAAACCUUAUGAAUGUAAUGACUGUGAGAAAACUUUCACACAGUUGUCAGGUUUUAUUAAGCAUCAGAAAAUUCAUACUGAAGAUGGCACCUAUAAGUGCAAUGAAUGAAGAGUCUUAAGCAGUAAGCUACGUCUUGUUGAGCAUAACAGAAUUCAUACCGGUGAGAAACCUUUUCAAUGUAAUGUAUGUGGGAAAGGCCUAAGGAGCAGGUUAAGCCUCAUUCAGCACCUCAGAAUUCAUACUGGUGAGAAACCUUUUCAGUGUAAUGAAUGUGGGAGAACCUUAAGCAGUAGACUAAGCCUUAUUCAACACUGCAGAAUUCAUACUGGUGAAAAACCUUUUAAGUGUGAUGAGUGUGGGAAAGCCUUCACUCAAUUAAUAGGUUUUAUUAGCCAUCAAAGAAAUCAUAGUGGUGAGAAACCUUAUCAAUGUAAGGAAUGUAAAAAAGCCUUCACUCGACAUUCAGUCCUCAUUCGACAUCAGAGAGCUCAUACUGGAGAGAAGCCAUUUAAAUGCAAUGAGUGUGGAAAGGCUUUCAAUAGACGUUCAGUUCUUAAUGUACAUAAGAGAGUCCAUACUGGAGAAAAGCCAUAUGAAUGUAAUGAAUGUGGAAAAACCUUCUGUCGGAGCUCCACACUUAGCCAGCACCAAAGAAUUCACACUGGAGAGAAACCUUAUCAAUGUAAUAUAUGUGGGAAAACUUUCAGGUGCAGUCCAUAUCUUACUGUACAUCAGAGAGUUCAUACCAAAGAGAAACCAUAUGAAUGUAAUGAGUGUGGGAAAGCCUUCAGUUUGAGCUCUAGGCUCCUCCGACACCAGAAAAUUCAUACUUCAGAGAAGCUUACUGCAUUAUAGAUGGCAUGAUGUCAAGGACUUUUAAGAUAUCUCUCAGUUCUGAGAGGUACAGAAUAUAAUAGUAUCCUGCACAAGAGUAGUGGCUUGGUUAAUUUUAGCUGAUUGUUUCAAAUGUGGAAAAUCCUUCACUCAGCUCCAACCUCAUUAGCGAAAGGAUCUUUGGAGACAGAUAAAACAUUUUGUUGAUAUAUUUUGUUUUUACAUUCCAUAUAUUUACAGAUUAUACCUACUUUGUGAGAAAUUUCUUUUAACAAAGUAAAAUAGUUAAGUAAAAUUAACGAUAGUGACCUCAACUGAAAAUUUAUGCAACAUUUAUAUCUGUAACAUUCUUCCACCUCUUUAAAAAAAAAAAGAACAGAAAUAGGUUUUCACUCCCUCCUAUCCCCAACCCCAUUGAAAAAAUAAAAAAGGAAAAAAAAAUAAAUUUCUUGUAACAAAUAUGCAUAGUUUAAUAAAACGUAUCACCCCAAUGGCUAUA